UGGGUAACCCCACCGUGCCCUUGCGCUCUCGGCUGCUCAUUGAAUGACUGACUCCUCGCUCGGCUUGAGGAUCUGUAGCCAAGUUAUUUGUGCACUAUAAAGUCGAGCUUUCUUCACAGUUAGAAGACAAAAUGAUGGCCGCGAAGUUUCUGCUUCGUCGUGCGGUUCCUGCACUUAAACAGGUUCGCUCUUACGCCGAGGCAGCCGCCGUUGGUUCUUCACAGAUGUCCUUCACAUUCGCUUCACCGAAUGAGGUCUUCUUCAACGGAGCCAGUGUGAAACAGGUGGACGUCCCGACAUUGACCGGCGCAUUCGGUAUCCUCCCAGCUCACGUCCCCACACUGCAGGUGCUGAGGCCUGGGGUGGUCACUGUCUUCAGUGAGGAUGGUGGCUCUGCCAAAUAUUUUGUGAGCAGCGGUUCAGUCACUGUCAACGCCGACUCUUCAGUGCAGCUGCUUGCUGAGGAGGCUGUUCCUCUCGAUAGACUGGAUCUUUCUGCUGCUAAAGCUAAUCUGGAGAAGGCCCAGUCCGAGUUGGUCAGCGCUUCAGACGAGGUCUCCAGGGCAGAAGCCCAGAUCAGCUUGGAAGCCAAUGAGGCCAUCGUCAAAGCUUUGGAAUAAAAAAUUUUCGUCUUCAUGGUCAGAAGUUGUUUGUCAAUUCUCAAACCCAAGCAAAGUCAGUAACCGCAAAUCAAGCCGAUUGCUUUGUACAGUGGAUGAAUAUACCAAUAAAUGUAUUUGGAAAUAA